CAACUAUUCUACAUAUCCUUCAUCCAGUAAAACUCCCAAUCUCCCUCAGCCACGCAAGUCAAAAUGCUGUUCUCCAACCUCGUCGUUCUUACAGCAAUGCUCUUCGGUGGUGCCAACGCAUGCAAGUGCGUCAACGCCGGAGUGAAAAACAACGAUGCGACUCAGGUCUGCUGCAGUCGACUUGGCGGAGACCUCGCGGGUGGAGAUGAUUGCCGAGCGGGUUCUAUCUCUGAGCAUCUGUCCAACUUCCGAAGCUGCUGCAGGGAGCGAGGAUUUACUUCGGACUGUGACUGCCCAACUUGCAGGAUUGUCGAUGGCGUAGAAGUUGAUGACGCAGAGGCUGAGGGCGAAGAAAAGAGGGCGGUUGAAUUCUCUGUCUAACUUGUCGGACUACAUCGAUUGGUGGAGGCUCAAGAGCAAGAUGCUAGUGGUUCUAGCUGCCAUUCGUUUCAAGCGUGCUUUAUAUGAAUUAGGAGGAAGUGUCGUUCGUUUUACACUGUGUCAGUUGUAGUGGGCAAGAGUGUUCCGAUAUAGUUACUACUAUCCUUUUAGUAGCAGCCAAUGC